AUGAUGGCGCAGCUCCACAUCCUGCGCUUUUCGCUCUUCCGAAUGGCCGUUCUAAAGAGGAAGGGUCGAUAUGGGGCAACAGAGCGUACAGAUGCUGCUGUCUAUGGCGCGAAAGAGGACGACGGCCUCGCCAUCCACGAUCGCAGCGACGUCGAUCCAGUUUGA